AUGCUGUAUCAAAGUAAUUACCAUCAAUACAAUAAAGAUAGCGAUAUAAUGGCGGCUGGAACUCGUUUAGUGGUCUUAAAACCUAGUCAAAUUCGGUUUCGGGCACCUCCCUCAAUAACUGUUAGACCAGGAGCUAUCCAUCUGCCAACACUACCUGCUAUCUGGGUAAAACCACCACCAUCUAAACCAGCUGCCCCGGCUCCAAUAUACGUGAAGCCAGACUUAGCGCAACCCCCCGACCCCAGCACCAAUUGA